UUUCAUGAAUCAUAACAAGUGUUGAGUGAUAUGAUGAAAUUGAUAAUUUUGCAUUGAGUUAUUAGACUAUUUCGCUGUUUGCUUGCCUUUGUGAUUUUGGAUCGUUAAUAGUGCGACACUGUUACAGGCGGUGUAAGCGUUUAGAAUCGUUUUGUCAGUUGAAGAAGGUGGGAAAAAAUGUACAGCAACUACCCGACGGAGCCCGACUACCCCGCGGCCAUGGGCCUGCUGUCCCACCUGAACGUGGACGAGCUGAAGGAGAUGCUGAACGACGACGCCAAGUUCGACGAGAUGAUGAAGGACGUGAAGCAGUUCAAGGAGCUGGAGACGGAGAAGGAGAUGCUGAUGGCGAGCAACAGGUCGCUGGCGGAGUUCAACCUGUCCCGGGAGCCGCGGCUGUCGAGCGGCAAGCAGCGCCUGCAGGAGCUGGGCGCGCGGGGGGAGGAGCUGUGCGCCAGCGUGGAGGCCAAGCUGCAGGCCCUGAGGAGCCACUCGGGGAACCUCACCCUGGACACCUCGCUGGCCCUGCUGCAGACGGCCGCCGCAGAGUCAGAGGAGGAGUCGGAGGCCUUGUUCGAGAAGUUCGCCGAGGGCGAGGCGGACGUGGACGGCUUCCUGGAGCAGUUCCUGCCGCGCAGGAAGAUGAUGCACGCGCGACGCGUCAAGGCGGAGAAGAUGCAGGAGCUGAUGGCGGCCCGGGCGAGGGGCGCCUCGUCGGGCCUCUACCCCGUGCCGCCGGCGCCGUCCGGGCCCGCGCCCUACCCCACCGCGGGGGGCAUGGGCCUCCCCAUGCCGGGCCGCUUCGUGCCGGGCAUGUACUAGCUGUGCGCUACCCCACUGCAGGCAUGGGCAUCCCCAUGCCGGGCCGCUUCGUGCCGAGCAUGUACUAGCUGUGCGCUACCCCACCACAGGCAUGGGCCGCUACGCCACCACAGGCAUGGGCAUCCCCAUGCCGGGCCGCUUCGUGCCGGGCAUGUACUAGCUGUGCGCUACCCCACCACAGGCACGGGCAUCCCCAUGCCGGGGCGCUUCGUGCCGGGCAUGUACUAGCUGUGCACUACCCCACCGCGGGCACGGGCCUCCCCAUGCCGGGCCGCUCGUGCCGGGCAUGUACUAGCUGUGCGCUACCCCACCACAGGCACGGGCAUCCCCAUGCCGGGCCGCUUCGUGCCGGGCAUGUACUAGCUGUGCACUACCCCACCGCGGGCACUGGCCUCCCCAUGCCGGGCCGCUUCGUGCCGGGCAUGUACUAGCUGUGCGCUACCCCACCACAGGCACGGGCAUUCCCAUGCCGGGGCGCUUCGUGCCGGGCAUGUACUAGCUGUGUGCUACCCCACCACAGGCAUGGGCAUCCCCAUGCCGGGCCGCUUCGUGCCGGGCAUGUACUAGCUGUGCGCUACCCCACCACAGGCAGGGGCAUCCCCAUGCCGGGCCGCUUCGUGCCGGGCAUGUACUAGCUGUGCGCUACCCCACCACAGGCAUGGGCAUCCCCAUGCUGGGCCGCUUCGUGCCGGGCAUGUACUAGCUGUGCGCUACCCCACCGCGGGCACUGGCCUCCCCAUGCCGGGCCGCUUCGUGCCGGGCAUGUACUAGCUGUGCGCUACCCCACCACAGGCACGGGCAUUCCCAUGCCGGGGCGCUUCGUGCCGGGCAUGUACUAGCUGUGUGCUACCCCACCACAGGCAUGGGCAUCCCCAUGCCGGGCCGCUUCGUGCCGGGCAUGUACUAGCUGUGCGCUACCCCACCACAGGCAGGGGCAUCCCCAUGCCGGGCCGCUUCGUGCCGGGCAUGUACUAGCUGUGCGCUACCCCACCACAGGCAUGGGCAUCCCCAUAUUGGGCCGCUUCGUGCCGGGCAUGUACUAGCUGUGCGCUACCCCACCGCGGGCACGGGCAUCCCCAUGCCGGGCCGCUUCGUGCCGGGCAUGUACUAGCUGUGCGCUACCCCACCGCGGGCACUGGCCUCCCCAUGCCGGGCCGCUUCGUGCCGGGCAUGUACUAGCUGUGCGCUACCCCACCACAGGCAGGGGCAUCCCCAUGCCGGGCCGCUUCGUGCCGGGCAUGUACUAGCUGUGCGCUACCCCACCGCGGGCACUGGCCUCCCCAUGCCGGGCCGCUUCGUGCCGGGCAUGUACUAGCAGUGCGCUACCCCACCGCGGGCAUGGGCAUCCCCAUGCCGGGCCGCUUCGUGCCGGGCAUGUACUAGCUGUGCACUACCCCACCGCGGGCACUGGCCUCCCCAUGCCGGGCCGCUUCGUGCCGGGCAUGUACUAGCUGUGCGCUACCCCACCACAGGCAGGGGCAUCCCCAUGCCGGGCCGCUUCGUGCCGAGCAUGUACUAGCUGUGCGCUACCCCACUGCAGGCAUGGGCCUCCCCAUGCCGGGCCGCUUCGUGCCGGGCAUGUACUAGCUGUGCGCUACCCCACCACAGGCAUGGGCAUCCCCAUGCCGGGCCGCUUCGUGCCGGGCAUGUACUAGCUGUGCGCUACCCCACCACAGGCAUGGGCAUCCCCAUGCUGGGCCGCUUCGUGCCGGGCAUGUACUAGCUGUGCGCUACCCCACCGCGGGCACGGGCAUCCCCAUGCCGGGCCGCUUCGUGCCGGGCAUGUACUAGCUGUGCGCUACCCCACCACAGGCAGGGGCAUCCCCAUGCCGGGCCGCUUCGUGCCGAGCAUGUACUAGCUGUGCGCUACCCCACUGCAGGCAUGGGCCUCCCCAUGCCGGGCCGCUUCGUGCCGGGCAUGUACUAGCUGUGCGCUACCCCACCACAGGCACGGGCAUUCCCAUGCCGGGGCGCUUCGUGCCGGGCAUGUACUAGCUGUGCGCUACCCCACCACAGGCAGGGGCAUCCCCAUGCCGGGCCGCUUCGUGCCGAGCAUGUACUAGCUGUGCGCUACCCCACUGCAGGCAUGGGCCUCCCCAUGCCGGGCCGCUUCGUGCCGGGCAUGUACUAGCUGUGCGCUACCCCACCACAGGCAUGGGCAUCCCCAUGCCGGGCAUGUACUAGCGGCGCCCUUACCCACCACGGCCAUGGGCACCUCCAUUUUGAGCUAUUUCGUGCCCGGCAUAGUGGCUAAGGGCUGUUGGUGCGCUACAGUGGCUUUCAUCGCUGUUCCCAUUGUUGUAGCUGUAGAUAUCUAUGAGAGUCUUAGCAGGUGUUAGAUCCUACUAAUCAUAGUCAGAUAUCUCUGUUAAUUCAGACAUUUACAAUUUUUUAAGUUUUUUGUGUGAAUCCCUGCCCUGCUGCAUGUUGGAGCGUAAGCAGGAAUAUUAUUACAGAGGGGCUUUUACAUAAAGUAAAAAUUAAAAACCUGAAAAUAUCUUUUUCAAACAUUUAAAGAUGUUCCUGUAUUAUCCCUGAAAACAGCAUUUGUAUAUUCCAACUGGUUUCUGAGAAAUCACCAAUAUGUAAUCGGUUUCAUUGCAUUACCUGUACAUUAAACCUGCUUCUGCCAUUUUUUGCUUUCCCCUGUGGGUGAAUGUGUGUAUAUGAUUUGGAGAAAUUGAGUUAAUUUGUGAAAAUGGCCAAUUACGUUAGGUUAGCAACAUAAAAAAAUACUGUGAAAUCAGGUGGAUAGUUGGUUAGGUCAGGAUAGCUACAUCUUAAAUUGGUAAUUCCUAAGCAACUAUUAAAAAUGUUUUACUGUAUUUUUAAUGAAGCUAUACUAACCAAAUCAACUGUGUACAUUGUUGAAGUAUUUUGAAUUUAGCUAACGUAACAAUUAAAAAUUUUUUGCUCCAAUUUUAAUCUUUCAUCACUACAUCACUCAAAAUACUACUUUAAAUGAAAACAUCAGAAAACAAAGAAUCUGUAUAAUGCAACUAGUUAUUAACAAAAACAACAAACAGAAAUUAGAAACAUUUAAAUUUUCUACAUAAUUGCAAUACAGUCAUCAUACUAACUCCUUUGAUAAUCAAAACAAUACCUCUGUUUACUAAUUUUCCGUAAAAAAACAAAAACAAAAAAACCCCACAGACCUACAAGGAAAAGGAAGGGAAAAAGAAAAAAAUGUCCGCGACCACAUCAAUCCACACGUAUUGUGAUGUAAGCUAUAAACUGUGAUUUCUCAGAAACCAUUAGGAAUUCAGAAACACUGUUGUCAGGGUUAAUAUAGGUACCUACGUCUAGUGUUAAAAAAAAAAUAUAUUUUAAUUUUAUUUUUCUUUACGUAAGAGCCCCUCUGUUAGAAUAUUAUCUUUUUGAAAAAAUUUUUUAAUUUUUUCAGGAUUGUUAAAAUUUAUUUUUUGUUUCCAUAAAUGUUUAUGAAACUUUAUCAGUUAUAUUCAUAGCUAUAUAUAUGUAUAUAAUGUUCAAAGCCAAUCAGAAUGCUUUGCGACAAAUCGAAAAUGUACCUAUCAACUAUAGAACCUUAGCUAUCAAUAAAAUAAAUUUUUAAAAUAAAGUGUCAAUAGUUUUUGUAAUGUUAAAUAGAAGAGUAAGUACCUAAUCAACGUAUUGUGUUGCAUUGUAAGAUAAGCAUAGCACAAUAAGUAUGGUUUACGAGAGUGUUAAAUAUUUCGAAAAUGUAAAGAAUUUAUAAUGCUGUAUUUCAAAUGCAGUAGGCACGUGAGCACAAGAAAACGGGGACACAAAGCAUCUGUGUUUCUUUUUUUUUUAUUAUAUCUUUUCCAUUUCAUUUAUUGUUUUGUGUUGUUUAGAUUAGCAGUGUCAAACUCUUGAUUCACACAUCCUAGAUGAGGUUUUUAUAAAAACACUGCUACUAUUUAAAAUAAUAACAGUAUAGUUGAUUGAAUACCUUGCAUUCGGUGAUGCUUGCUACAAUCAUGCAGAACAGUAGCAGAUGACCACUAGCACAAUAGUUUGACAGACUUUAAGAUUUCUUAUUUUGUGUGCAUAUUCUCCAGACAUAACUGCACGUGUGUGUCUACAGGCAGAUGUCGUUACCCAGGGAAGUGAAAUCUUAUAGAAUAAAGUUGAGGCCACACAGAUAGCUUGGCUGUGUUCACGAUAUUUGCUGUGUUCGCUGAGCCAGGCGGACAGACAGCUCAGUCGGAGAGAUGCAUGCCGUGGGAUUCGAGCGAUGAUUGAGAUGAUUUAUGAUGUUCUGCUGGUACUCACAGUAUGUAAAAGUAAAAAAGAAAUGGGUUUAUGAUGAUAGUUCAAACAGAAAAUAAUUUGAAGAAUUUUAUCCUUUUAUGAAGAAGUUGCGUGUGUGGGGACGAAGCCAAAUUUAUGGAUUAUUUCGGAAUAAAUACAACUCAUUCCCUUGUAGUCGAAUCCCAGGCAUUGUCCUGCGUAUCCUGCCUUCUGAAUUCUCUCUUUGGAUUAAUUUAAUAAAAAAUUAAUUUUUAUUUUCCUUCUUCAAUGUGGCAAAUUUAAAGCACAAUACUGAGAAUAAAACACAGUAGUACAGCCUGAUUCCGUGCGAAAACAGAUCAUUUUUUUAUUAUUAUCCGCACAUUUGCGAAGUUGGCAACGUUUAGAAAAAUAGCGGAGAACCAAACACCCGGCGACAUCGCCAGGAUCGCCAACUUAGCAAACAUGGGGAAAACAGCUUGGCGUGGCCAGUGCCAUCUGAGAUACAGCUGACUAUAUUUUACUCGUGUAGCGAACAUUGUAGACAUAGCCAGCAUAGUGCUCUGUGUGGCCUAAGCUUUAGACUCUGAACGGCCUGGCUAUGUUACGGUGGUGUAGCGAGGCUAUCAUAGUUUUGAUAUAGUUAUUUUUGAAUGUUGCUUGUGUUACAAAGGGCAAACAUGACCUCGGAAUCUGCUCCAGAAGUAGAGUGGCGUAGGUUAAAACACUACAUUCAAAAUAAAAUAAAAUAAGGAAUUUCACUUCAUUAAAAAGUAUUUGGGUAUCAACUGUCAUGAUACUGUACAAAAAUGUAUGUUGUCCACCAACGGUACCAAAAAAUAUUUUUAAACUAGAAAAAAUAUAAAAUGUUCUCUGCGAACUACUAAAGAUAACUCCGUUUUAUUCACAACUAAAAACAAAACCACAUAUACUCUACAUGUUAUGCAGAGUAGACUGAUAAUGUAAAAGUUAACCAACAUUAUGAUAGGACUGCCAGGUUAAAAUGGGCAAUUAUCAAUUUUUGAUCUUGUUUCUGAUAGGCUACAUUACAGCUUUCCAGCAAUGGUUACACUAUGCUUUAUAAAACCUUAACAGGCUUACUUAAAUCAAAAAUUUACUCCACCUGUUUGGAAACGUAAUCCCUAAUUAUUGUUUAUUCAGGUUGUGGAGAAGGGAAUAAACAUUACGGAAAAUGUAUACAUGUGUUGUAUCAUACUAGUGUUUUUAUUUAAAAAAAAAAAGAAAAAGAAAAUGGGGAAGUGUAGCGAGCCAGUCGAUUGGAUACUAAAUGAAAGUCUUUAAAUUUUAAGAAGAUUGUGCAUGUAUGAUGAGAAUAUGAAAACAAUAAUAGAGUCUUAACUGGACAGAAUUCAAUGGGGUAGGUUUGUCAGUUAGAUAAUUUCAUUAUUGAAACCUGAAUGUACAGAAAUAGUUAAGUAGUUAGUGUAAGUUAUAGUUUUAAAAAAAUUUGCAAAUUGUUUUUCAUAAUACAAGGGGUUGAAAUAAAAUUAAUAAAAUAUUUUAAAAAAUUUGGCUGUACAAUUAUUAAAAUCACCAAAAUCCAAGAAAUGAAAUAUAUUUCAGUGAUUUUAUUUUAUAAUAACAUAAUGUUUAAAUAAGUUAAAAUUAGCUUAAUACUCUUACACAGGUUGUCCACCUUCUGGAAAGUUGAGGAUAUCGGUGACAGGAAGGGCAGUUUUGAAAUCGGUCAGAGAAUUUAGUUUGAAUCCUGUUAAGUCGUGGAAAUUCCAGUGAUAAAGGUAAAAGUCAUGCUGUAGCAUAACAUCACACAGACAGUGAAAUUUUUUCUGGAUGGUGUUUUAGUGCAUAUACAAGGUUCAGUAUGAACUAGACUUUAUUUCUUACAAAAAAUCGCAAGAUAGGUAAAUUAUUUUGAAAAAACAAAUUAGUAAGGGAACGUUGUAAUUUUGGUAAUGAAAAGGCAGGGAAAUGACAGGAACAUUUCCUACCCAAUUAAAAUUAAUUCAUGGACAACUCUUGAAGUUUUCAAAUAUAAUGUUCAUUUUAUAGUACAGCCUAAAUCUCAUCAUGUUAGGGAAAGUGUGUGAUAACAAGGCCAGAAAUUUGCGUUGCUGUGACUUUUUUGUCUUUUUUUUUUGACAUAACGUCUUUUAAAUCGAUGAACUCCGGCUGCACGCACGAAACAUUGUCACGUUCCGCCUGAGCCGAGCGUGCAAAAACCGGCCAACCACCGUGCGAGAAAAUCUUCUAUAAAAUAAAACAGGUUAAGGCGGGCUUUUUAACUAAUUGUUUGUGAUUAUAUUAAAAAAAAUAUUUAAAUUAAAUUUUGCACAAACUGUAAAUAAUAUUUGAAAAUUAAAAAGUAUGCAAUUUUUCAUCAAUGUUUUCUAUGACGUUAUCACAUAUAAUUAUCGUCCGUAAACCGACUUUACAGACAACCCCCCCCCCC